AUGUCAAACGAAAAAAUUGCUGAUCUUCAGAAUCUUAGAGCCGAAGUCGAGAAAGUAAUGCAAUCUGUCCACGAAUUCGACGAAAAGAUUGAAAAAAGAAAUGAAAAUAGACUCCAACUCAUUCAAAAACUCUCUGAUCUUCUUCCAAAAGAACAAUUCGAACGUUUUGAAGCUAUUCUCAACAAGACAGUUGAUGCAGUUCGUCCUGCUCCAGAUCCAGCUACAAUUCCACCACUUCAGAUUGAUGAAGAAAAUCCACUCGAAAGUUUAAGAAAGAUCCGUCUUCAAAUAGCUCAGGAAAUUUGCGCUGUCAUGGGUGUUGAGGCUCCAACACUCUAA